UUAUAUUUGGUCUAGGAUCUCUUUUUACUAACUAUUUUGGGAAUUUUUUUCAAAUUCUUAUAACCUCUCGUGAUUUCCUUUAUACUUUUUUUGGCUUGAAGGCGUUUAGUCGACGCUUGCGGACUCAUUCUUUAAACUUUACUAAUUUUUGGUAAAUUUAUUUGGGUGCCCUUUUUCCUGGUUAUCAAAUCCUCGAAACUAGAUCCACAAGUCUUGUCAAGUUCAAUAAAUUCCAUUCCCAACGUUUUUUCCCUCGUAAAUUUUUCCCAACAUUUUUGGGAUUUUCCCAUUUCUAACCACAUUCUGUUUUAAGGUAGUCUUCAAAAAUUGACUGAAGCAUUUAAUUCUCUCAAUGAAGCAUCUUGUGGUGGAACAGAAUUUUCUUUACAUUCAAUGCUGGAAACUGCUUUAAAUCAUUUUAGAAAUGUCCCUGCCCACACAAGCAAAGAAUGUAUUUUUAUUGUUGCAAGUUUGAGUACUAUUGAUGCUUCUAGUUUAAAACAAAUUUAUGAGCAAUUAAAAAUGCAAUCUGUUCGUUGUUCAAUAAUUUCUUUUUUGGCUGAAGUUUAUGCUUUUAAAAAACUUUGUAUUACUACACAAGGGAAGUAUGGAGUAGCUUUAGACAAGGAACAUUUUGACCUUUUACUUACUGAACAUUUACAACCUCCACCUCUCAAACCAAAACAAGGACAUCAAGAUAGUAUUGUAAAAAUGGGGUUUCCAAUUAAAAAGGCGAAGAAAAUUCCUUCUUUUUGUGCUUGUCAUGAAUUGGCUGGUGAUGCUUUAGACCUUUCAAAACAAAAUGAAUAUGCUUAUAUUUGCCCGCAAUGUGGUUCUCAUUAUUGUCAAACUCCUACAACUUGUCGUGUUUGUGGCCUUUUAUUAUUAACUGCACCACAAUUAGCACGUGCUCAUCAACAUUUGGAACCUUUGCCAGCAUUUGUGGAGUCUACACCGAUUGAAGGGUUUUCUUUUAUAAUUUUUUCAAAGGUCAGGGGAUUCUCCUUUUUUAAUUCCGAAACAUUUUUAGAAAAAUUUUUUUUCAUUAUUCAAUGCCUAUCAGGGAUGGGACGGGGUAUCCGAAACUCAAAUGCUUAA